AUGUUCACAUCUCCAAGAGGAAGUAUGGCAAACGAGAACGAAAUGGAGUCACCCUUCAACAAAACAAGGACUAGCUUCGUCAAGAACUCAAGGCUGUAUUCCUUGAGCAACUUCUGAUCCUCGUUUUCGACUCCGAUCAAUGAUGUCAGGAAAACCUACCGCUGAACAAAAGAGAUCUUCAACCUUGAAUCUGUACGAGAUGAUUCUGAAGCUUCUGAUGAUGACGACGAGCCAGGGUCCCAAGCUGGAGAGGAUACCUCUGAGUAUUACCAGGACAUGCUAACAUCUCUCACUGGGGGAUCAGGAAUUGAAAGUUUCCAUAAAUUCCUUAUAGACCUUGAUGUAGAGAUGGAUACAAUAGAAGAAAUGCCCUUCCUAAUUUGCCCUCUCAACAGAUACUCAGAGGAUAGGUACCUCUUCAGAUCUCCAUGGAGCUCAGAAUUCUUUCCUGAGAAGAACAAAGGCGAUGACUUCAAAGAGUUCUUCGGUGAGGCCUACAAUGAGUUAUCCACUCUUGAGAACAGAGCUAAUGAGAUCUUCAACUUCUACGGAGAGCUUUACUACGCAGGCGAGGAGGGACUCACCACCAGCGUCUAUAUAAUGGAUUAUGAGAAAGAUGAGCUCAUUGAAUGAAUCUUCUUACUCAAGAAGACUCAUGAGAAAUCGACUUGGUCUACUGCUCACCACUUCAAGCUCAAAUUCAGGAGAGACAAAGUUACUAUCAACUGCUUAUCAGGAGUCUACUGUAGAGUUAACUACACAGCCAAGAACGGGACAGAAGUUUCAUGUCAAACUAAAUAAGGACCUUAAAACUGAAGAUAGCUUUAAAGAUCCCAGAAGAGACAAUAAGUUCCUUGUCUCAAUCAUGGGAAAAAUCAUUGAGGACGCUGAAAGAACUUUCUUCAGUAGUAUGAAAAAUAUAUGGGUUCCAAAAGGAUUUAAAGAUGCUGGCGAAAGAUUCAGAAAAUCUAAGCAGGAAUUACAAAUAGCGGAUAAUAGCUCUAACACUACAGAGCCUAGGAAGAGCAUCUUCACCAAAAUCAAAAGUCUAAACGAAGAGCUAACCAAUCUAAAAAUCAAGCCAGACCUAGUAGAUCUGCUAAACUCAGAGAAAAUGAAGUAUUAACUAUGAAAUUCAGC